CCACCUCUUACACUUCUCAGCUGCCCUCGUCGGUUUCUUUCGGACUCGUCUGAGGCGGCAACGGCCGUCUUUUUUCGGGUUCGGGCCGCGGCGGCCGACGGCACCAUCGGGCCCGCUGAGCUUUGAGCGUGCAUCUGCCACGGGCCGAACAUCGGGCUUCGGCAGCGUGGUGCCACACUUCCGCUGCACUGGGAAGGGGGCCAAAGAAUAGAUUCCAGGCCAGGCAGCGGACAGCCAGCCAGCCAGCCAGCCAGCGCCUCGAGGUAAGGCGAGUCCGACAAUCUCGGAGCGGCGGCCUAGCGGGCUGGCACCGCCGAGCAGACACCGAAGCAGAUUGCGAUCUUGGCCAAGAAGUAACUCAUCUGUGCCGAAAAAGCUUACGACCGUCGCCCCGCAACUCCCGCUAGCGAGGCGGCCCUCUGUGAAUGGCUUCAAGCCAUAAGGUGACAUCUCGCCGGCACAGGAAUUUUGGUCGCCGCUCGGCCCUUGGUAGACUUGUGAGACUCGCCACUGUCCGCCCAUCCCUCAUAUAUCUCCACACAGAGGGGCGCACUCGUACGCCAGCACUUGACCUCGUUUCUACUCCUUACUUGAUCUACUGUUCUCGCCAUUCCCAUUGCAGUCAUACACGUUGCGUGCGAAGAGAACCCAAGGCCAGCGACAGCAUACACUUUGUCCCAUCUCAUCCUCACUCUUCUUCCAUUGAUGUCGCAUUUCCAAGCAGAAUAACCCCGCCUCCCCUUUGUGACACAUACCGAGUCACUAAGGUACCCUCCACGCUGGUCACGCCGGACAGCAUGCAGCGAUCUUCCCCUGCUCCGUCUCAGCGACGUCCUUUAUCGCCUCGCUCAGCCUUGCGUUCUCUUCAAGACCCGAGCGGCAGCUCUGGUACCGCUCACGAAGGCUACCAGCCCAGCCGCUCGGGUGAGCCUCAUCCAACGGCAGACUCUGGUCCUUUGCUACAGCGCUCAGGCUUUCGGCCGAGCUCGUCUCCCGAUGAUGCGUUCAGAUCACGCUUUACAGUCUCCCCUACUACCCUAGGUCCAGGGGAUCCUCCGACGGUGGCCUUCGGGCCCUCUCAUUCUUCUGGUCCCCGCCCUCCCACCUCUGCAACCUUUGCUGGCUACCCGCAAGCUCAUAGGCAGGGGACUAUAGAAUCUCACUCGCAUAUGUUUGCUCCAGAAUCGGUCUUUACCGCUUCAUCCCGACAGGCGCAGCGGCAGCAUUAUCUUCCUCCCGCUGCUUCUCAGCUGGCAGAGCGCCAUGAAGCUGGCCCUUUGACACCUUCCUAUGCUUCGAUGUACCCUCCGGAACACCCGCAACCAUUGUCAAGGUCAUUGGAUCGAAAUUUCCAGCAUUCGCAUCAGUCUCUGCCUGCACUGCCAAUCAUCACGGGGCCGCUCAGGGCCUCUCCGCAUGCUCAGAGAUACUCCAGUGGUCAGCGCUACGAGGACGAGAGCACGUCAGCAUACUCUAGCAACACGCCGCGAGCUUCUGUCUCUACACCUGGACUCGCAUCGGCGAGGUCAUCAGAGAGCCAGUACAGUGGUCACUCCUUUUCCAACGAGCCCUACACUCCGCAAGAGCUUUUGAUGCCCGGACCACAUCGCCUCAGCUCGUCUGUUACCCAGCGUGCCUACUUACCUAUGCCGCCUCGGAGGCCGAAGCCUGCUCGAUCCUUCGAUGACUACCUCGCUCCUCUGAACCAGGCGAACUUCGGCUCUGAGGCAAGCUCGCACAGCCCUGCUAGCAUGUCAUCGUCCUCGAGGUACUCGGUGCCCAACACUACCUAUUUUCAGCUCUCGCCUCCCCUUCGUCAGGCAUCGCGCCUGUCUUCAUCCCCAGCUUCCACCGAGGGGUGGAUGAUGAAUCCUCGAAAACGGUCGCCGGCCUCUGCGACGAACCCGCCUACCACGCUCCCACCCAUGAUGUUGAGUGGUGGCCCGUCUCCGACUCGCCGCUAUCAACGAGAGGAAGAGCCAACGCUCCCUUAUCGCUACUCUCGUCCGUCGAGCGACCAGGAGGGAGGAGGGCAAGUCAUCUCGGAACCUGUCAUCACUACCGUCAGCUCCGCUCCAGCCCUCUUGACAUCGCUGAAGCGACCGCGAAGAUGGACAGAUCAGGCGGAUGAAGGAGAUCGAGGGAGGGCUCGCUCUCCACCGACAUCCCCAUCCCACUCUUCAUUGCAGAGGCCUCGAGCCCAGUCUUCCGACAGGGCAAAGCGAAGAGGCAAGGCCACUGCCUCCCCACCCGAGAUGAGCAGGUUGAGUCAUACAGAGGUAAUGAAUCGACUCAACAGGAAGAUGCGUGAGCGUCUGGCCAUCAAGGCAGCAUCUGCAAGCCCAUCCUCCUCACCGCCUCGCGCUUUGAGCAUCUCGGGCCUCACAGGUCCAAGGGAAUCAAACUCGCCUUCGUCUACGCCAUCCACGAGUUCUGGUGCCCCUGCUAGUGCCUCGCGCACCUCGGAACCUUCCCCUCAGAAGAGGCAGGCUCAGUCGAGCGAGGCCACAGGGUCUCACUGAUCGGAAAAUACCGACGAGGACCACGAGGACCAAUGCAAAAGGCCUGGACAGAAGGACAAUGUCCUUUACCUGCCUCCAUCUCAUUCUGCACUACUAACUCCCUCGCACCGCAUAUCACGUCACCUCAAGCAUAGGCACUCUUUAAUUCGGAACCAAUACCCAGGAAGAUGGCUUGGCUUGGCUUGGCUUGGGCCUCGCCCGCCUCACUACUGUGCCAACAUACGCACUUGACAUCUUUCAUGCUGCUUUCUGUCUUUGUCAUCUCUUUACCGUGGUCUACUUUGAACCCUCUUGCUUUGGUCAACUCUCGUCAUCUAGGUCAGCACUGUCAUCUUACCCAAUCAUUUACCCUGUAUCCAUGUUGUUGUAUGGGCCGUCUUGCUCUGGUCCUCGCAAUUACUCUCGCAU